UAUUGGUAAUGGUCAUCACUAAAAAACAUUGCCUAGAGAUAAGAACAAAAUAGAGAAACAAUCCAGAGCUUCGUCACUACACCACCACUUAUAUAUAUAUAGUAUUGCUUAUACACCUUCCUUCAUAUCAAGAAAUUGUUCAUCGCUAAAGAAAGAAAUUCAGCAACAAUGGGUUCUCUUAUGGCAGGAUGGGACUCUCAGACCUUGGAUCCUGAAUCAGCCACAAUAGAGAGGAAUCGAUCGCUCACGAAAGAAGAAAUUAAUGCUUACUGGAGAACAAAGAAGGAGACAGAGUUAGAACACCUCAGAGCAAUUUCCAAAUUAUCUGAGACUAUUCAGGCCCGCAAAUGCGAGGAUUCGGAGAAUUGUAUUAAGUCAAAUAGCGUGGCCUUGGCCCGCAUAAAGGAGUCCUUAGGCAUGGAUGUUGAUGUUGACCAAAAAAGUUUGGAGCAGCUUAUCAAGAAAAAUGGCUGGUGGACCAAGAGCAGCUGGGCAUUUCUGAAUGAACCGCCAGUGAUAGAAGUUGCUUCUAACAAGUAUGCGUCACAGUUUCACGUAGCUAACUUGGGAUCAUCAAAAUUUAACCCUGGACGUGGAAUUAGUGCUUGAUAUGUGUCUUUCUCACGUCGCCUGUAUAUAUCAACCAAUGUAGUUGCUGUUGUAUUUUUUUUUUUCUUUUUUAGAGAAGGAUUGUAACUCAUUUUCAUCGAGUGGACUCUAUAAAAAAUAAAAUGAUAAUUUUGGUCAUUA